AUGAGUCUGGCCACCACGCUUUCGAAGGAGAGUCUGCAAACUCUCCUCCAGCACGCCAACUUUCUGGAUGGAAUAAAGUUUGUUCUCUCUGCAUUUGUGAUCUAUUCUUGCUGCAUGAUAGCAGUAGACUGGGUCGUCUAUGAAUGGAAACGCAAGGCACAUGGGUGUGGCAAGAUCCCUCGGUACCCUCAUCGCGACCCAUUCUUCGGCUUCGAUAUUGUGCUUGGUAUGGCCAAGGCACUGCGCAAUGACUACUUCCUUGUCUGGCUCAACAAAAUCCAUGAGAAUCUGCCAAAGACCUUCUUGGUGAACUUUGUUGGCACCCGGUUCAUCUACACCAUUGAGCCCGAGAAUAUGAAGAGUAUGUCCGCCAUCAACUGGCAGGACUUUGCUGUUGGUCCAAUGCGGCGCAAUAACAAGGCGACUGCUCCAUUUGCGGACAAAGGCGUCAACACUGUCGACGGACAUGAGUGGGAAUUCAGCCGAUUUCUGAUCAAACCAUUCUUCAAGCGCGAAACCUUCACAGAUACCGCUCGUCUGACCAUCCAUGUUGAUCGAGUUUUGGAACUACUGCCAGCGGACGGUGAAACAGUCAAUAUCCAGCCACUCAUUCAACGUUGGUUCCUUGACGUGACCACCGAGUCUCUCUUUGGGGAGUCAAUCGAGUCUCUGGUAUAUCCGGAGAGAGCCCCAAUAUGCUGGGCAAUGGUGGACUUUCUCCGAGGUCCGACUGCGGCUUCAAUGGCAUGGCUCGAUGCAGUGGAUGUGGUCCACAAGUACCUGAAUGCGCAUAUUGGCCGAACGUACAACGAGCUCAACGAAUAUAAGCGCCAAGGAAAAGACCCGGAGACGGCUGAUCGCAAGGACCUGCUAUGGUAUAUGGCGAGCAAUCUGCAGGACAAGGAAGCCCUCCGAUCCCAGCUCUGCUUGAUCUUCGUGCCUAAUAACGAUACGACUUCCAUCUUCAUUAGCCAUAUCCUAUGGAAUCUUGCUCGUCAUCCAGAGAUAUACGAGAAAUGUCGCCAGGAGGUACUCGCGGUGGGCGACGCGGAGUUGACAUUCUCGGUAUUGCGAAAUAUGAAAUAUCUCAUCGCCAUCCUCAAUGAGACGCACCGCCUCUUUCCCAACGGCGUGACCCAGGCGCGGAAAUGCAUCCGAGAUACGACAUUGCCCGUGGGCGGGAAUGUCAUCCAUCGAGACCGCGAUAUCUGGGGCCCCGAUGCAGAGGGUUUCCGGCCCGAACGGUGGGAGAAUCUGCGGCCCUACUGGAACUUUGUUCCCUUUGGUGGAGGGCCCCGUCGUUGUCCGGCUCAGAUGCUGGUGACAGCAGAAGCCAGCUACUUCCGGGCCCGUCUGAUGCGCGUCUAUAAACGGAUUGAAGCCAGAGAUCCAAAUCCCUAUGUCGGAGUGAUGCGCGUGGGACCUUCAAACAAGACUGGCGUGCAAAUCGCGCUGUUCAAGGAGUGA